AUCAGCUUUUAUAGAUGUAUGGAGCAAGUCCUGCUGUUUCAUAAUAGAGAAGGUUACGUUUCCACUGCGCGUAGAAAAUAUCAUGCCACGCGCUUGCGCGUUAGCUGCGUCAAGCACGCGCACGCUCAUGUGGGUGUGGCUCCGUGGUAAGCAGUUGCCCAGUAUUCGAAAGAGGAGAAGACAACACUAGACAAACCCUCAACCACCACUAUUUCUUUCUGAAGGGCCAGCUAAAAUCCAGCACGAAAAAAGGCAUGGAUACCUCAGAUACCGACACAUUCUCAUAUGAACCCAGCUCCUUGCCUUACCUCUUCGGUUGGUACUUCUGGAUCCUCUUCAUACUGACUUUUAUCAGCCCGAGAGUCAUCAGCCCAUGGCUGGGCCGUACUCUCAUCCCCGAGUCUUACGCAAAGCUCGGGAAAUACUUGAGCUUAGUCAACACUCUCUUCAUGUCCACCCUCCAUGCAGUGGUGGUUAGCCUAACGACGCUCUAUAUACUUGCCACAGUUUGCAUGGAAAACCGCGUAUUCUCAAAGUGUUGGUUGGGCUUUGCCACCAUGCAACUGUCCCUCGGAUACUUCGUCGGCGAUUUCAUAAACUGUUUGGUGGAUGCAGAGCUGAGGAAAGACAAGGCAAAUCUAGCACACCACGUGGUAGGUAUGAUAGGACUCUAUCUCGGUCUCUACCACCAGGGAAAGUUUAUGUUUUUCAUCGUUUAUCGAUUCGUCGCCGAGUGUUCUACGCCGUUCGUGAACAUGUUCUGGCUUCUGAGACUUAUGAAAAAGCAACAAUCAAAGCUGUUUGUUGUAAACUCUGUACUAAUGGUGACGGUUUUCUUUGCCUGUCGCAUUGCUCCAAUCCCGUGGCACUGGUACAAGUUCUUCUGGACCCAGAUGGACCCGGCUGUUGUGCUGUUACCGUGGUACCUGAGGCUGUGGACUCUUGCGACAUACGUUGUUUUCGACACUCUCAACCUGCUAUGGUUCAGAAAGAUGUUGAAUGGGUGCAUAAAAUUCUUUCUGAAGUCAGACAAAAGUGUUGUUGAGUAGCUCUGCAUCAUCAUAAUAUAUGCUGUAAUCGGUAUGGUAUCUGUUAGGGGCAACAGCAUUCUCAUUAUGUAAAUUAAUCUGGGAUCAUUUUUGAUGGGCUGAUGUUCAGGCAGAAAAUUGACCCGGG